UCUAAUGACCAGAGAUGACAAACACUGUUUAAAAAGUAGGUUUGUCUGUGGAGUCCUCCCCUCACAGGUUUAUUUAGGCCUAGCAGCGAGGACCCCAACCCAUAAUCCUCCUGCAGACACACCUGUAGAGGAGAGUAUAAAGAGCCUGGCCUGAAGUGAGUCACACAUCCAGCUUCACAGAGUCUCUCCACAGCAGCUCUCCUCUGAAGCUCCACAGCCUCCAGACCGACCCUGAAGAUGACUCCCUCUGCCAGCCUGCUGCUGCUGCUGCUGCUGCUCGGCCUCUGUCAGGCACAUCCUCUCCAGGAGGAAGGAGGCCAAGAAGAAGAAGAAGUCCCAGACACCAUGGACAUCACCACCAGGAUUCUCACCUCCAACAACGCCACCGAUGAGAUGCUGCUGGAAGGAGACCUGCUGGCUCCCAAAACCAGAAACGCCAUGACGUGCUGGUCCCAGAGCUGCCUGUGGAGGAAAGCUUCCAACGGCUUGGUGAUGAUCCCCUUCACCAUGAGCGCUGAGUUCAGCAGCUGGGAGAGGCAGACCAUCGACAGAGGAAUGAAGGCCUUCCACAGCAGCACCUGCAUCCGCUUCGUCCCCCGUCAGAACGAGUACGACUACAUCAGCGUGGAGAACAGAGGCGGAUGUUUCUCCGCUCUGGGCAGAACUGGAGGCAGACAGGUGCUCUCUCUCAACAAGCAGGGCUGCCUCUACCACGGCAUCAUCCAGCACGAGAUCAACCACGCUCUGGGCUUCCAGCACGAACAGACCAGGAGCGACCGCGACUACUACGUCAGGAUCAACUGGGAGAACAUCGACCCCAACAUGGCCUACAACUUCUACAAGAAGAACACCAACAACCUCAACACCCCCUACGACUACUCCUCCAUCAUGCACUACGGAAGAACGGCUUUCUCCAUCCAGUACGGCAGGGACUCCAUCACCCCCAUCCCCAACGCCAACGUGCAGAUCGGCCAGAGGCAGGGCAUGUCCUACUGGGACAUCGUGAGGAUCAACCUGCUCUACGGCUGCUGAGAAUAAUGCUGAUGCUGUUCUGAAGCUGCUACAACCUGUGACAUCAAUGUUAACAUGUUGUUUCUUUCACCGUCUGACUUCAAAUGUUCACACAACAGAAAAUGGUCGCUAAUAAAGCUGAUGCAAAAUGAC